CCCCUUGUUACAUGUUAGCCGUUUUUAGCUAUAAAUUUGAAGUAUUAUCAAGAGAAACUGAAGAUGAAUUAACCAAGUUCACCUAGAAAAUUUUUCCAUGUCCUUGAUCUAGCCUUUGAUAAUGGCUUCAUUUUCUUCUCCCUGUUUAUCAAAGCAACAAUGGUUUGUCCUUUUUAUCAUUACUUUUUUCUCACUCGUGAGUAGAAAGCGAUGCUACAAAUCAAUUAUCAGCUUUGGAGACUCCUUAGCUGAUACUGGCAACUUGGUCAUACUUUUACAACCCAAUGUAUCUCCCUCUGCGCUUCCACCGUAUGGAGAGACAUACUUUAAUCGACCAACAGGUCGAUUUUCUGAUGGUCGUUUAGUCAUUGAUUUCUUUGCUCAGAAAUUUGGACUUCCAUUGGUACCACCAUAUUUUGGAGCCUGUAAUGGCAGUAACCAACAGUUUUUGAAGGGUGUAAAUUUUGCUGUUGCGGGUGCCACAGCGCUUGAUAAUGCAUUUCUGGCACAGAAGGGAAUCUUUAAUCGAGUCACAAACGUUUCCUUGGGAGUUCAAGUGGGUUUAUUCAAAAAAUUAUUGCCAUCUCUUUGCUUAGGCAACUCUUUGAUUCUUAUGGGAGAGAUUGGUGGAAAUGAUUUCAACUAUGCAUUUUUCCAAGGGAUCAAGAUUGAAGUGAUACGAGGAUUAGUCCCUGAUGUUCUCAAUGUCAUUUCUUCAGCAAUUCUGGAGUUAAUCAAGUUGGGGGCAGUGACAUUUCUGGUUCCAGGAAAUUUACCAAUCGGAUGUCAGCCAAUCUACCUAACGAGUUUUCAGACUUCUAAUCUGCAAGAUUAUGACCGCUCUGGUUGUCUGAUCUGGCUAAACAAGUUUUCCGAGUACUAUAAUGGAAUGCUCAAACAAGAACUAAACCAAAUCCGAAGGCUUCAUCCUCGUGCCAAUAUUGUUUAUGCAGAUUAUUACCAGGCUGCAGUACAAUUUUAUCGGUCUCCAAGUCAGUUCGGAUUUAAUAGCACUCUUAUUGCAUGCUGUGGAGGGGGAGGUCCUUACAAUUAUAACUUCUCGGUAGGUUGCGCUAGUGCAGGCUCGAAAUCAUGUGAUGAUCCUUCCUCGUAUGUUAGCUGGGACGGUAUCCAUCUCACAGAAAGAGCCUAUAGCUUGAUUUCCAAGGCUAUUCUGGAUGGCUCACGUACCGUUCCUCGGGUCAAGAUCCCAUCUGCUGCAAGUGACUAACAUAAUAAGAUCAAAGCAUAGUCUAAUUAGCGAAUGAAAUUACGAUGCUUUUCUUCUUGCAUUUUGAAUUUUCGAUGUGUGGCUGGUAAUCUUAG